CUGACCAGACGGAUGAAGCUCUGCAGACAAGCAAAUUAGGGACAAAGGAGACAACAGAAACUGAGCAGUCUGCUCUAAUGCAAGAAACAGCAGCAACAGGAAUAGUAGCAGAAGCAGCAGAAGUAGGAAUAGCAGGGGCUGGAUUAGGAUUAUUAGGAAGAAGGGGAGCCAGAUCACAACAUGAAAAACAGACACAAGCAGCAGUGAUGACAGAUAAAUUUCCAUGCAUGGAUGGAUCUCCACAGACAGGCAACUCUUCACAGGCAAAUAGAUAUCCCCAGGGAGACAAAUCUGACCAGAUAGACAAAGCUCCACAGACAAGCAAAUUAAGCACUAAGAAGACAACAGAAACUGUGCAGUCUCCUCUAAUGCAAGCAGCACCAGCAGGAACAGCAGCAACAGGAAUAGCAGGAGCUGGAUUAAUCAGUAAAUUACUAGGAUUAUUUGGAAGGCUACAGAGAAGAAGAAGGGGAGCAGGAGCACAAUCAGACAUUUCUAGAUCACAACAUGGAAAACAGACACAAGUAGCACUGAUGGAAACUCACCCCAGCAUCCAAGAACCUCUACAGACAGAUGAGUCUCUAUGCAUAGAUGGAUCCCCACAGACAGGCAACUCUUCACAGACAAAUAGAUAUCCCCAGGGAGACAAAUCUCACCAGAUAGACGAAGCUCCACAGACAAGCACAUUAAGGACCAAGGAGACAACAGAAACUGAACAGUCUCCUCUAAUUCAAGGAAACAACACAAAAAAAAUCCUGGAAAAUUUGGGUUUGGCAGAGUACUAUUGUAAGAAGCUCACUCUACACAGAGUGCAGCAGAUUGACAAAACCAGUAUCACAGAUGUGCCUGUUCAGUCCCUUUCAGAUCUGCCAUGGGUUUUCUUAAAGAGACUGAUGAUGCUACAAAGAACAGCAAGGAGUGUUAAGUGUUCCUCAUCAGACGGGGCAGAAGCUUCAGAGUGUGAUAAUAAUCAAGAGACUGAACCAGACUGUCCUCAGUCAGUAAAUCCUUUAGACAUUUUGACUGCUUUGUUCCUUUGUUCUGACAGUUUUCUUCAGCAGGAAAUGAUUGUGAAGAUGUCAAUGUGUCAGUUUGCAGUGCCUCUGCUGCUUCCAAACAGUGAUAACAAUCAGAUCACUCUUAUGCUUUGGGCAAUGAGAGAUCUUGUGAAAAAAUACAGACCACACUCCUUAUCAGAUCCAAGUGCAUUUGUGGAAGAAAGGAUUGUUCUGUCAGAAAUACCUUUAGUGUCUUUUGUGAGACUUGGAAGGUGCAACAUUUCCAAAUCAGAAAUUCUGAAUAAGCUGCUCAGCAAUCCACAGCAGCACACUGAUACAUUUGUGCACUUUAACAUGGAUUGUGGAAACAUCAGAAAGAAAAUAUCAAAUGGCUUAGUUGAGAUAUCCUGGUAUCUUCCUUGUGGAAACAAGAACAUUGAUGUCUUUCCUGAGCCUGUAGCGAUUGCAAACUUGAGAGGUGACAUCCAGGACUUUGAAACACAGUACACUUUUCUGUGUGAGGCUUCGACUGCUGUGUUUGUGUUCUUUGAAUCACAACUUGUAAAUACACAUUUCAUUUCAGUUGCCAGUCAGAAAUCUAUGCCUCAGCUAUUUUUUGUGGGGAGCUCUAUCAAUUUGAAAAUUAAUGCAGCAAUCAACAAGCUCAAUCUGAAGGAAAGCAAUUUAAUCUUGGCCAGUCAUCAUGAUUCAGAUUUCGUUGACAAAAUUCAGACCAAGUUGCAAUAUGCAAUUAAAAACAACAACCGCAAAAUUUCAGUUGCUCAUUUAGCUGAAAUUGCACAAAAUCUUGGAAUUUUGGUGGAUGAGGAUGCUGAAGAAUGUCAGCGUGCCAAAGCAAGUGCAAAUGAAAUCACAUCAAAAAUUAAUGAUAUAAUCCAGUUCAAGGAGGAGGAGCUGCCCUUGCAAGGGCAAAUCUUGAAGAAACUGGCCAAUUUGGAGAAGGAGGAAUGCCAACUGAAGAAAGCUGGGGUUCAGGAUAUUGAGGACUACAAAAAUGAACUUCUGAUGCAGAAAAAAAAAAUCAGAGAAGAGCAAUACAGAACAGAUAUGUCUUCUACUAUGAGCUGCUUUAUCAGUGCAAUGUCAAAACCAGAAAGGUCCUACUUUUUAAAAUGGAUGAGAAUCAAUUUGGAGAAUCACUCACAUGAAGUACUGCAUCAACUCAGAGAACUGUACAAACAGAAAUGUCAAGAUGUUUGUGGGAACAAGACAGAAAUUGCUGAGCUUGAUAAAAAGAUUUCAAACAGUUCUUUAGGAGUGGAGCACUUCAUUCGAGAGAUGAGCCAGCUUUACGAGGCUGCAGUUUCACUCUCAGAAAAUGCACUUCACCAAAAACAACUGGAACAUUUACCUAAACUCUGUGCUCAACUACUGCUGGAUGGAUUCCCACUUGAACUUGUGGAUGGAGAUUCGUUAAAUAUCCAUGUGAAAUGGAUUACUAGUGUGUUUUCUGAAUUAAACUCACUGGUGGAGCCCAAAAACAAGAUUAUGGUUGUCACUGUUUUGGGUGUUCAGAGUUCAGGAAAGUCAACACUGCUGAACACCAUGUUUGGAGUUCAGUUUGCAGUGAGCAGUGGAAGAUGCACCAGAGGAGCCUUUAUGCAGCUCAUUAAAGUAACAGAAGAUUGUAACACAGAACUCAAUUGUGAUUAUAUAAUAAUAAUUGACACUCAAGGACUGAAAUCCCCUGAGCUCGCACAACUGGACAACAGCUAUGAACACGACAAUGAGUUGGCAACUCUUGUUGUUGGACUGAGUGAUGUAACAAUUGUCAACAUCGCCAUGGAGAAUUCAACAGAGAUGAAAGACAUUUUACAAAUCACUGUUCAUGCAUUCCUCAGGAUGAAGGAAAUAGGAAAGAAACACACGUGUUUGUUUGUACACCAGAAUGUUGCUGAUGUCUCAGCUCAUAAUUCAAAAAUGAGAGACUGUAGAUUUUUGUUGGAGCAACUGAACGAAAUGACACAAGCUGCAGCCAAAAUGGAGAACAAAAUGGAGUUAAAGAAAUUUACAGAUGUAAUGAAUUAUGACACUGAAACAGAUAACCACUACAUCCCUGGAUUGUGGCAUGGAAACCCCCCAAUGGCACCAGUGAAUAUUGGCUAUAGUGAAUCUUUGUAUGCUCUCAAAAAGCAUAUAAUGAAGAUCUUCAGAGGUUGCAAGCCCAGUGACAUCAAUGAUUUUUUUAAAUGGACCAAAGACUUGUGGACUGCUGUGAAAUAUGAGAAAUUCAUCUUUAGCUUCAGAAACAGUUUGGUGGCUGAUGCAUACAUGAAACUGUGCACAGAGUACAACAAAUGGGACUGGACACUGAGAAAGCAAAUGCACACAUGGGCAUUAGAGGCUGAAACAAAGAUCUUAAACCAUGGAAAAUUUGAAAACUCUGAGAAAUGCACCAUUGAAGAUGUUCGAUGUGAUUUACUACAAAAAGCAGAUGUUGAGCUUUCAAAAGGACAAGAUGAAAUUAUUGGCAAGAUCAAAUCAUACUAUGAACAAGGAGAAGGUCAUGUUGAACUAGUGGAAAGUUUUCAACAAGACUUUAUAAACUCUGCCAAGUCUCUAAAGACAGAACUUUUAAAUUCUAUCACAAACAAACUGGAUGCAGCUCUUUCACGUCGAAAUGGAAUGAUGAAGUUUGAAGGAAUCAAAAAGACAUACAUGGACACAAUGGAGAAAAAAGUCCUGGACCUGCUGAAAGACUGUCGUGAGAAAAAGUCAGACAUGACAGACUCUAUGCUGGAUGAAGCGUUUGAAAAGAUGUGGCAGGAGACUGUCAGCACAUUGUCAUACACAGUGCUUCAACCACAAGAUAUCAUGACAAGAGUUUUGCAUAGUUUAAGGAAUAAUCUUCAGUCUAAAGGAAAUUCAAUGACUGAAAGCUUUGACAAAGUGAAGGAUCUUCAAAAUCAAGGCCACAGAAAAUUUGUGGUUCACAGAAGUAACCUUAUAUCCAAAAACUGGAAUGCUCAGAAGACCAAGAGAGUUGAAGAAAUGUCAGACAACAUUAUCAAUAUCUGUUGGGAAUUUGUUAAAACAAAGAGUGAAAGUAAGGACGAUUAUGAUGACACAUACAUCAGCGAAAUUCUUAAAAUUAUUGAUAAGAAACUUAAGACUCAUGAAGACCUUAAGCUAAACGAAGAUUUUAAACUGUCACUUAAAUUAUACAUCUGUGGCUUUGCAAGCAGAGAAUUUCAAAAGAUUCACAAUCAAUUUAUCCAGGAAAACAACCCACGAACAGCCUUGGAGAACUUCAAACACACAUACCAUUCUGACUUCAUUGGCCUUUACCACGAACAAGACCAAUGUUCAAAAAAAGCUGAUGAAUUCACGAGAAAAUGCCUAAAACCUGCCUUGGAAAGAUAUGUUACUGAGAACUUGGGCAUGGAAAUGGCAGACAAGAUGGUGAUUGGUGAAAACUCAGCAAUUUUCAGAUCAAGGACGACAUUUCAAAUUUCAGUCUUGAAAAAUCUUCUUGAUGAAUUUAAAUUUGAAACAUAUUUCUGUUUCAUCAAGUCAUAUGAAACAUUUGUUAAAGACUUUAUUUUUGACAAAAUUAAAAAGCAAUUUUCAGCUGAGAACAGAAUGAUCAAAUUAGAGGAAAAGCUCCUCAAUGAAGGCACCAAUGAAAUGAAACAGGCUAUUGAAGAGGCAGAGCAAGACCCAAAGAUAAAUGACAUCAAGGGAUUCAUCAAAACAAUUUGCAAGAAACUGGAAAAUAAGCUUGUUUUUUCCAAGGAUGAUGUGGAUAAAAUCAGCAGACUCAACGAUGUAAAUCAGAAAAAAUUCAUUGAAUGUCUAAAGUGUUAUGUAAACAAUAUGGAUACAUGUCUGAAAGAAAGUUUCCAAGCAAGAGAUUUUCAAAGCAAAAUAGAUUGUCUUGAAACCAAACCACAGGACUUGAUGUUCAAGCGAGUGUGGGGCUGUGGGAAACAGUGUCCAUUCUGUAAAGCACCAUGUGAGGCUGGAGGAGAAGCCCACACUAAACACUUUGUCUCAAUUCACAGACCAAAAGGUCUCGGUCGCUACAGAUUUGUUAAUUCUAAAAAACUAGUGACAAACAUCUGUACAUCAUCGGUUUACAGCAACACAAGUUUUAAGUGCCAUGACACCAAUGAUCACUGGCGUCCAUAUAAGGAAUACAGUAAAAUCUAUCCAGACUGGCAAAUUGAUCCAGACCCCAGCACAGAGGCCUCAGCAUACUGGAAAUAUGUGAUGGCACAAUUUAAUCAGCGGUUUGCAGAGAAGUACAAUGCAAAGUCUGCGGAUAUACCUUCAUCUUGGAAAGACAUUACAAAGAUUCAGGCAGAUGAAAGCCUAAAGUAAACAUCAAAUAAGUGUCUGUCUGGCCUCUGUUCAAAUUAGUUUGGUAGUUUGGUAAUAGAACUUAUACUGAUAAUGUUAUUUUCAUUUCGUUUCGAGUGUGUGUGUUACAUUUGUAGAUUUGCAAUGCUCUACAUUUGUAAUGCCCUAAAUGUUACUUUCUGAUA